AUGGAGUGGUCUCCUGAAUUUCGUUGUGUUGAGUUUGUUAUAAACCCAGUGGUAAUCGGUGUAGGGGGCUUUCGUGAAGCAUUCUCUGCAACAAGUCGUCGAGAUGACUUCAACACUUCCACUUGGGUAGUCAAGAAGUAUUUAGCAAAUGCAUUGGAGAAUAUUAAGGCGACAAAUCAGACUCCCGAGCAGCACACAAGGAAGAUGGUGCAAAUGCACCUACUUGCACAAAACUUUGCCAAGCAGCUCCAGCAAGAGGUGUGCAAGCGAAAUAAUGAAGAGGUGUAUGGUGAGUUUAUGUCUUACAACAAUAUUUACCUGGGAAAGAUGGAUGAUGGUGAAUUUGUUACUGUUGAAGAGUUUGUUAAAGGAAACUUUGACAAGUACAUCAAUAAUGAUGGAACUCUUUGUGGCACUUCAACUUACAUCCACAUGAAAGCUGAGAGCUUGUCUCAAUAUUCCUAUGUGAGAUCCCAUGAGAAGCUGAUGGUGGUUGAUAUCCAGGGCAGCAGCCAUAAGUUAUUCGACCCGGAAAUUGCCUCAUAUGAAUUGCAAGAGGAUGACAAGCAGGACAUUGGGUGCAAACACCAGUUGUAUGGAUAUUAG